AUGAUAGGCGCGACGAGGGAUCUCUCGCCAGUGACAGCAGAAGAUGGUCCGUGGUGACAGAAUGAGGAGUAGAUGGGCCCAAGGUACGCGGAUGUAUGAUUUACGAUUUGAACUUUGACCUUCUCCACCAGGCCUCUCAAUCACCGUAACCUGUGCUGGCGCGGAAGAUGCCCGCGUGCGUGAACAUAUCCAGUACCGUACAGUGUGAGUAGUACCGUGCAUGGGACGCCGAUCAUGCCUGCCAGAGCGUCAAGAUCGAAGGGCGCGAAGUGGCUGCUACUCUGACUGCAUGCUGCCGCUUGAUGCGUCAGGCAGCAUGCAGCUGCCCGCACACGGACGCCGGGCGAUGAAGGAGUGGCGGCGCGUCUGCCCCAGGGGGCUGCGCAGGCAGCAGAGAGCAGAACGGCGAUGCGAUGCAGCAUCAAUCAAACAGUGGUGAGUGCUGCUGCGUGCAUGUCAUCACGCGCGCAUGCAGGGCUGAUGCCGCUGUGACUGACACAUUCAGCAGGAUUCUGCCGCGCGCUGA